AACUUGUUCCUAAGGAUCCUGCAUCAUAUGAUCAAGUUGAAAAAAAGAAAUUGCAGAUAAAUGCUCAAGCUAAAAAUGCAUUAUAUUUUGUGCUUUACAUGCUAGUGAAUAUGAUAGAAUUAGUGCAUGUGAUUCUGCUAAGGAAAUGUGGGAUAAAUUACAAGUGGCUCAUGAAGGAACUAAUGAAGUCAAGAAAUCAAAAAUUAACAUGUUGGUUAAAAAAUAUGAGCUGUUCAAAAUGAAAUCAGAUGAUGACAUUAAAGACAUGUUUACUCGUUUCACCAAAAUCACAAAUGAAUUAAAGCUUUUUGAUAGGGUGCUUUUAGAGGAAGAUAAGGUCAGAAAAAUUCUUCGCUCCUUGCUAAAAUCUUGGAGUUCAAUCAAGAUGACAAUAGAAGAAGCUCAUGAUUUAAGUGUCAUGACUGUUGAGAUGCUGCAAGGGAAGCUUCUUACACAUGAAAUGGCCAUGAAAAAUGAUGAAAGUGAUGAUGAUUCUCGGAAGAAGAAAUCUGUAGCCUUCAAAAGCUCCUCCAAAGAUGAAAGUGACAGUGAUGAAGAGGAUGAUGAAGAAUUUAUAGUGCUUGCUCGAAAGUUUAAGAGUUUCCUAAGGAAAGACAAGCUGAAGAAUUAAGGACAACAAAAAAAAAAAUUACAAAAGCGGUAAAGGAAAGGGAGAAAGCAGUAAAAAGGAUGAAAUUAUCUGCUACAAAUGUAAGAAGGCUGGACAUAUUAAAUUUGAGUGUCCAAACAAUGGUGAAAAAAGUCUAAAAGCCAAAAAGAAAAAGAAGGCAAUGGUUGCCACAUGGAGCUGCAGUGAGGACUCAUCUUCUAGUAAAGAAGUAAGUGACAU